GAAGCAGAUCUUGGAUUAUGAUCAAGUGAACAAAAAUAAGUCAGAAAGUACUAAAACAUACCUGGAGACUGUAAACGUGACCUCAUUUGGAAUAUGAAUUGCAAAACACAGCUAAAUCAGAAUUACAUCAGAAUCCGAGAGUUGCCAUAGGCCCAGGUGGCCAGCGAUGAAGGGAGUGGAUUAUACUGAGCCUUGUAGUUCCCUCAGUGGAUUACUGGCCUUGUUCAGAAGACUUGGAAGCAAGUGUUACUGUGGACUAGAAAUGUCUUCUCACAGGUCAUGUAUUCCUUUGGGAAACCUUCUUGGACAAUUUACCUUGGGUUGAUACUUGACUUGGACUGUACACAUAGACACUUCCAGUCAUGAGUUCAGACACUGAACAGGAUGUGGCACUCAAACUUGCCCAGGAACGAGCCGAAAUUGUUGCAAAGUAUGACAAAGGGCGAGAAGGUGCACAGAUUGAACCAUGGGAAGAUGCUGAUUACCGUGUUUACAAAGUCACCGAUCGAUUUGGAUUUUUACAUGAGAACGAGCUCCCUUAUCACAAUGCAGUCGUAGAACGGCAAAAACAGCUGGAGAUCGAAAGAACGGCAAAAUGGCUAAAAAUGCUGAAAGGCUGGGAAAAAUACAAGAACACUGAAAAGUUUCAACGGAGGAUUUAUAAAGGAAUUCCACUCCAGCUCAGAGGUGAAGUCUGGGCUUUACUUCUCGAUGUCCCUAAAAUGAAAGACGAGACAAGAGACCUUUAUAAUAAAUUGAAACAUCGAGCACGAGGAUGUUCACCUGACAUCAGACAAAUUGAUCUUGAUGUCAACCGGACAUAUAGGGACCAUAUUAUGUUUAGAGACCGAUACGGAGUUAAGCAGCAGGCUUUAUUCCAUGUACUAGCUGCAUAUUCUAUGUACAAUACGGAGGUUGGAUACUGUCAAGGAAUGAGCCAAAUUACAGCUUUGCUGCUCAUGUAUAUGAAUGAAGAAGAUGCUUUCUGGGCCUUGGUGAAAUUACUCUCAGGACCCAAAUAUGCUAUGCAUGGAUUUUUUGUCCAAGGUUUCCCGAAACUUUUGAGAUUUCAAGAGCACCAUGACAAAAUACUGAAGAAAUUUCUGUCUAAACUCAAGCAACAUUUGGAUUCUCAAGAAGUCUUCACCAACUUUUACACAAUGAAAUGGUUUUUUCAGUGUUUCCUUGAUCGUACGCCUUUUACCCUAAACCUCAGGAUCUGGGAUAUCUACAUCCUCGAAGGAGAGCGAAUACUCCCGGCUAUGUCUUAUACAAUUUUGAAGCUACAUAGAAAACAGCUGAUGAAAUUGUCAAUGGAAGAGCUGGUAGAAUUUCUCCAAGAAACACUAGCCAAGGAUUUUUUCUAUGAAGACGAUUUCGUAAUAGAGCAACUUCAGAAUUCGAUGGUGGAACUGAAACGAGCGAAGUUAGAUCUCCCGGCACCUGGUAAAGAGGAUGAAUUUCCAAAGAAACCUUUGGGUCUGCUUCCACCUGAGCCUCAGCUUCCCAUCCUUAAUCAAAUGAGCAAUGGCCAGAGCAAUAUUAGCAUGUCGAGCUCUCAUGUAGUGAAGAGGAGUGACAAGAGUUCGGUUUCUCCUGAAAAAAGGCAAGGAACUUCACCACGGUUCCGAAACAGAAUCGAUUCCCUGGACAUGGUUUCUGCAAAGCAUCUACGACAGGGAUCUUCAGACAGACAGAGUGGACAACUUAAGAAUGAAGUCGAUUUUCGCAGAAAACCUCCGCCGGGCAUCCAAGACACUUCCAAGCAAUACAACAAUGCUGCUGCUAACCAAAAUUCGAAUGCCAUUUCCAACCCCAGAAGGGACUUUGUGCCCAAGUGGAAUAAGCCUUCAGAAGUGUCGGUAAUGGAAAGAACUGGGAAGCGAGCCGUGGAAGGCAGAGGAAGAGCAGGAAACCACACAUUUCUGAGCUCACCGUCAAGUCCUGGUGACCCGAGGACCCUGAAUAUGAGGCAGAAAAUUAAGGUUCUGGAUCCCGAUGAGAGUAAGAGAGGGUCCAAUGCAUCCCAGUAUGACAAUGUUCCAGGGAAUGAAAAUGAGAACGGCACACCUAGCACGUCCAUUGAAGAGGCACUAGAAAGAGUCCACCAACCAAGCCCAAGGAAGGCAGUUUACUCUAGCAGCCCUAAACAGCACCCGGAGCGAAGUGCUAGUCCAUCCAAAGUAGCCAAUCAUUUUACUUUUAAUAUGCCGCCACCAAAUUCCCCAAGGUACCCGGCUCAAUUUGAUGGAUUCGAUCCUGCACCUUCUGUCAAAAAGCCCCCCCCAUUAUACAGCAACCCGCCCGUGUACCACGGAAGCUCUCCCAAACACAUCGCUGUGGUUAACACAAAUUUGACACCGCCACAGAAUAGUCAUGGGAAUCAAAUCAGUCCUUCUAGAAGACCUUACGACUCUAACCUUCCGGUAGAUUUUUCUCCUGAGAAAUCGUACAACCGCUCCACUGUGGUGUUACCAUCCAACCGAGUAGAGGUCCUACCUACUAUUGACGCCAGCGGAGCAAGAUCCUUUACGGGAAAUUCGAGAUCACCGAUGGGCGGUAAAUUCAUAAUUCCUCCAGUGGAUUAUUUGCCAGAUAGCAGCAAAUGGCCAGAAGUCACUUAUCCAUACAGACCUGAGAUACAUGGACAGUCAUGGAAUCGUGAGGCUAACCGAGGCCACGUAGGCAAUUUACCGAAAUAUUCAGCCUUCCAGCAUAUAACCAUUCAAGACCAUCACCUUCCAACCGUUUCAGUAGAUAGCCCAAUAAGGUAUAGAACUUCACCAUCUUUGGAAGAUGCUGGCUUACCUCAAUAUCAAUAUUCAGGCCCACCACCCACAGUACGACAUUACAGAAACCGGGAUGAACUGUCUAUACAUGAGUCAGUGUUGCUGUGACACUCCAAUUAUGAUUUCUAAACAAAAGAGAAGAGAAACUAUAUAAGAUCUACAUUGCUAUGUUUGUAAUUGCCAAAGCAGUAUUUUAUACAAUUGUGGAUAUUUUGUGCAAUUCUUUGUUAAUACUAAGAAUAUAAAGCAGUUUCAAACUGGGCGGAAGCUGCUGAAGCUGAGCAUUUUAAAUUGUAACAUCAUCGAACCUGUUCAAAGGAUACUUUACGUAAACAUAGCAAUAGGAAAUAGGGUUGUGUGCACAAUGCGAUUUACUCAUUAGCACUGUUCUGUUUUUAAUUGCCUAGAUUUGUGAUCAUUCUCCCAGAUUGGAGCAUUUUUACUCCAUUUGUCAGCUAUAUUCUGAUUGAUUUUACAAAGCACUGAAAAACACUGUGUCCAGAUAGAUUUUUAUAUUUUUUAUAAUUAACUCUAGUAUCUGAAACCACCAGUAGCUAGCUAGAUUUCUGCACAAACACUGGGGAAGAAGAGUGAAGGAAACUGACAGAUUUCUAUUUCCGUAUGUCAGCCUAUGAAAUUAUUUUAUGCAUACACUAACUUUUUUUAAAGAACUGAUCGCGCUUAGCAUUUUAAAACCCACUGCCUUGUUAACCCAAGCACAAAACUGAAAGGAAGGGUUGCCCUGCACUAUUAUUAAUGCAGUUUCUCCCAGGAUGCUGCUCUUUCCUUUGGUUGCUGCCAUCUCUUUUUCAAGGUGACAAAUAGACAGGGAAAGACUCGGGAGGCUAAAGCACCACUGCUGUCUGUGCUAGCUAUGCAAUGGUGCUUCAUGGUAACUCAGAGGGGUCAAUUACAGAUGUGCAGGGAACGGUGCUGCCAUUUCACCAAAGUCAAGGUCACUACUGGGUCUAGUGCAAAUCUUCAGAACCUUACAGAGUUGAGUGCAAAGGGGCCCAUAGGACCCACUGUUGUAAUGUUAGGCUUGUAAAUUCCAGUUUAGCAAGGUGCAGGGGACAUUACUAAUCACCUAGCAUCUUCCUGACUGACACAGUAAGCUCCUGUACCUUUGACUUGGAGAACAGGUUUGAUUAGAUGACCAGUGGUUUAUCUAGCCCUUUUACCACUCACAUUUGGGCCCUCUGUUGCCACUUUCCUGUUUGUCGAAAAAAAUGGAGGUAGCCCUUCUGAGGGAUACUGCUCCUCCAUCAAGUCGUUAGGUUAUCGAAAUAGAAAAUUGAGUACCAUCGUCAGUAGGCAGCAAAGUAAAUUUCCGUGUAGAGUUGUAAAAUUUGGAUGUUUUCCAUUUUUUAAAAAAUGGGGUUCCUCUGCCUCCACUGUGAAAAAUUGCUGGCUAAAUGGCUUAGUCUUUAAUAGUCUUAACAGAUGGAGAUUUCUUCAGACAAGCUAAUAUUACACUACAAAUACUAUGUCGGUGAGUUCUUGCGGGGCACUUAAAAGAAAAUUCACCAUUUUAUCGUUUAUGUGUGUUUGAUUGGGGAGUUAGUAUCUACUGAUUACUUGUGCUGUGUGAAUCAUGGAAAAUGGGGAACUUCCUUAUUUUCUCAUGAGCAUAGCUGUCAAUUCUUGCUAACAGGUUAAUUCUCUAAAGUUUUAAGGUACAGAAAUAAAAUGUCUUUUUAAAUGGAAGUAACAUUUAUAUAGCUAGUGAAUGUGACAAACCUUGUUUUCUGUAUAUAAUGAGUCUGAUGUAAUUUUAAUGAACUUGGUAAUGAUAUUUUCAAAUGGCAGAAUGCAGUGCAUUAACAACUAAAUACUACAGUGGAGCUCAAACAAAAUUCUUAUCAUUAAUACAAUUGAGCUCUUGAUUGUGAUUGCUUAUGGCAGUUUAGAAGUAUAUGUAUAUAAUAGUGUAGUUGAGGGUAAUAAUCCCCAAAUUGAAACCAUGGUUUUGUGAUUCGUAAUAAAUUGAGCUGUACAAUUUACUUCAUGAUAGCAGCCCAGUGCUGCUCCAGAAAUGUGUAUCAACAAUGGUAAAUACUGUAGAUUUUAUAUAUAUAUAUAUAUAUAUAUAUAAAAUAUAUUCACACUAUUUUCUUAUGUCACUAUCACAAUUUUUAAUUGUGUAUUCUUUUAAUGUGACCAUUUUAACACGCUAAAAGUAAUAACAAAGAAUAUUUUGUAAUGUC